UGAAAAGUAUACGAUUUGAAAAGAGUCAUAAUUUCAAAUAUGGCCGCACGCGGACGGCGAUGAUUGGAAGAUUCAAACGUGGCGCUAACCGGACGUAUCACAACCGCAAGAUGGCUGCUACUGUCAAAUGCGAGGUGGUGCAUCGUGACAGAACUUAACGUUUUCAAAUAAUUCGAAAAAUUUCGAGAAAAAAAGGAUUAAGAAGCGAUAAAGCAAAUCGAUGCGGAAGAAGUCAGUUUGCAAAUAAAAAGAUGUCAUUGCAACAGGAGUAGAAGAAAUAAGAAGGACACGUACAACAAGCAUGGAGAAGAGAGGCAGUGCUGAACUCCUGAAUGUAGAGAAAAACAACUCAAAAAAUGCCAGUUCAGAUUCCCUUAAUUCAGACAGCAAAAGCAGUUCACUCAAUUCAAAGAUGGGUCAAGAAUCGGAGAGUUGGGAAAAAGCGUCUCAUUCGAAAAGCUUUUCUUCGAGUUCCACUUCUACAGAUAAUAAUAUUGUUUCCGCUUUGGAGGCAAAAAAAGACAAUCAAGUAAAAAAUCUAUCAGGAAAUGAUACAGGUCCGCCGCUCUUAAAUGGAGAAAGAGUUCAAGGCAUCGCUCAAGAAGUGACCUACUUGUGUCCUUAUUCGGGUCCAGCUGGAGGAAUUCUUAGUGUUACAAAUUAUAAACUCCACUUUCGUAGUGUAGACCGUGAAACGCCUUAUGUCGUGGAAGUGCCCUUGGGAGUUGUUAGUAGAAUCGAAAAGGUUGGCGGCGCGUCUAGCAGAAGAGAAAAUUCUUAUGGUAUCGAAGUGUUUUGUAAGGACAUGAGAAAUCUUCGAUUCGCUCAUAAACAGGAAAAUCAUUCUAGAAGAGAUGUCUUUGAAAAACUGCAACAAUAUUCGUUCCCGUUGUCGCAUAAAUUACCGUUAUUUGCGUUUGAAUAUUCCGAAACGUUUCCCGAAAAUGGAUGGAACGUUUACGAACCCAUAGCCGAAUUGAAACGAAUGGGUGUAAAUAAUGACAUGUGGAAAAUAUCUAAGAUUAAUGACACCUAUACACUAGCCGAUAGUUAUCCAGCAGUUUGGGCGGUACCUGCAGCUGCAACGGAUGAAGAUUUGCAAGCAUCUGCAGCAUUUAGAAGUAGAGGAAGAUUGCCGGUACUUUCAUGGAUUCAUCCAGAAAGUCAAGCGACGAUAACGCGUUGCGCACAACCGUUAGUAGGUGUUGGAGGUAAAAGAAGUCGCGAGGAUGAGAGGUACGUGCAGUUAAUAAUGGAUGCCAAUGCGCAAAGCCAUAAACUAUUUAUAAUGGAUGCUCGACCAAUGCCUAAUGCAAUAGCGAAUAAAGCGAAAGGUGGUGGUUACGAAAGUGAGGAUGCUUAUCAAAACGCUGAGCUUGUUUUUCUUGAUAUUCAUAAUAUUCACGUUAUGAGAGAGAGCCUGAGAAAAUUGAAAGAAUUAUGUUUUCCUAAAAUCGAUGAAGCUAAAUGGUUAUCCGGCAUAGAAUCCACCAUGUGGCUUAAACAUAUUAAAUGUGUUCUCGCUGGAGCAGUUAGAAUUGUGGAUAAAGUAGAAAAUCAUAAGACAUCCGUACUCGUACACUGCUCUGAUGGAUGGGAUCGAACAGCCCAAUUAACAGCUCUUGCCAUGUUGAUGUUGGAUCCAUAUUACAGGACAAUUAAAGGAUUUGAAGUUCUUAUAGAAAAGGAAUGGCUUAGUUUUGGACAUAAAUUUCAACAGAAUCUUGUAAUACAUUUUUUACAGAGGAUCGGUCAUGGCGACGAACACCAUAGCGAUGCUGAUCGUUCUCCAGUAUUUUUACAAUUCAUGGAUUGCGUAUGGCAAAUAACGCGACAAUUUGCUAAUGCGUUUGAGUUCAACGAGCACUUUUUAAUCACUAUACUCGAUCAUCUUUACUCUUGCAGAUUUGGCACGUUUUUAUUCAGCAGCGAACGCGAAAGAGUACAAGAACAGAUAAAACAAAGAACCGUCUCGUUAUGGUCCUAUACGAAUAGUCAAUUAUCCCUAUACCAAAACCCUUUGUACUGGGCUGGGCCACAUAAUCAAUUAGUUCUAAUGCCAGUUGCAAGUAUGAGGUAUAUCAAACCUUGGAAAGGUCUUUAUUGUAGAUGGAAUCCCAUUAUGAGACAGCAGGAUCCUGUUUAUCAACGAACGAGAGAACUUCUAGUCUUGAAAGAACAGCUUGAGAAACAACUGGAAGAAGGUCGACGCGAACAAGCAUCUCGAGCUAAUCGAUCUCUGACCUCGCCUGCACCACCUAGGAUACAUUCCCCGGUUCACUCAUAGCACGGCGAGAAUAUCUUACGCGUUUAAGGAUCUGUAGUUUUGUAAAUGUGCCCCCCCCCUUACGCUUAUUGUCUCUUUUUAAGUCGGUAUAUACAAGAUAUUUUUACUGAUGAACUUGUGCUUCGCUGUUGUACAAAAUGAAUGCCUCUUGAUAAAAGAAAUUUAUAAAUUGUCAAAAGAA